GAGAGGCUGGAGCCUUCUGGUGGCUCUUUCCCCCCUUGCGCUGCUCAACCUGCUCUUGCCGCCCGAAAUAAACCGUCUUCACUUCGUCCUUUCGCGCCUGCAUUCUGCAUCACUGUCUCAACUUCACUUAUUCAUUCUGUAUUCUAUUGUCUUCAUUUCAAUCACUCAAUCAAUCAAUCACCUUCUGCGCCUCUAUUCAUCACCAUCCAGCUACUUUUUCGCAAAUUCUUCCAUAUUCGGCCCUCCAUCUUUCGGCAAACCACAGCUCUUCUUGACUUCCCUCUCCUUGACUUCCCUCUCCUUGACUUACCGAACUCGCUUCUGACACCCGCAACAUUCUACUUCUUUCGCAUCCUCCUUUACGCGAUACAUCCUUCAAGACUUCAUCUACACGUUCAAGAUGUCUGGCCGGCUAGAUCAACCUCUCGAUUCCAUCAUCGAAAGCCAGAAGAAGGCCAAGCGUGAAGCUCGUCGUCGCAAGGUCGGAAAGCCUUCCGGUGCAACUGCACCUGUCGGUGGUGUCAAGAAGUCGACGAAGCCAGUCAAGACUGCCAUCAAGCCAGUCGCAGGUGGUGCAACUCAAAACAAGUCAAGCAAAAUUGUCGUCAGUGGAUUGCCAUUCGACGUCAACGAAGCCCAGAUCAAGGAAUAUUUCAGCAAAUCUGUUGGCAAAGUCAAGAAGGUCUCUCUGCAAUACAACCAAAAUGGCCAAAGCCGUGGAAUAGCCGACAUUCAGUUUCUUUCCUCUGAUGCUGCAGCCAAGGCAGCCAAGGAUCUCAACGGAAUGCUUGUUGACAAGCGACCAAUGAAGAUCGAAUUGGUGGUGGAUGCCAGCAGUGUUCCUCCUGCGCCAGCAAAGUCUCUCGCGGAUCGUGUUGCGUACGCAAACCCAAAGAGUUCGCGCAAGUCAGAUCCACUGACAAAGACCAGCGCCAAUCCAAAAGCACAGCCCAAAUCCGCCACUGCCGUCAAGAAGGACUCCAAGGACGGAGCGAAAGGACGCGCGGGCAAGCCUGCCAGAAAGCGGGCUGCACGCAGUGCUCGACCCAAGCCCAAGACUGCCGAAGAACUUGACGCUGAAAUGACCGACUACUGGGGAGGCAACAAUCCUUCUGCAGUCAGUGCUCCGGCCGAAACUGCUGGUGUCAAUGGCAACGCUGCUCCCGCAGCUGCCAAUGCCGAUGAUGCCAUGGACGAGAUUUCUUGAACACCUGAUAACCCCGAUAGCCGAGCCGUGAACGAUAUCCAGACCGUUUCGUACCCCAUGGUGUCGACACGACCGACUCGAUCUCAUUUUCCUUUACUGUUAUCGACCACACCGAUUAGAAUGGCAUUGACGUCUGGAGAGCCGACGUGGCUUUGAUUCACAUCACAGAGAUUGUGUUGCUAGUCUUGGGCCGGAGCGAAAAUGGGCUGGAUGAAAUACCAAAUUGAACUGGGGACAGACAUGGUUUACUCUCAUAGUGACUAGCUAUUGAAUGAUAUUUCUUUUCAAGGCAAGGCAUGACUA